GAUGUUGAAUCAUCGUCAUAAUACUAAAUAGACGUCAUAGGCCUAUGCCUAGUUGCGUUGUUGUCAAUUUCCCCUUCAUUUAUUUGUUAUUAAACUUUGAGGUGGUAGCGACUUUACAUUUAUAACAGAUUCAGGCUUUGAAUAUAAUUAUUUAAAUCAGCAGUUAAAGGUACAGUAUGGCUUCACUGAUGAGUGGUGAUUCAUGCCACGUAGUUGAAGAUGAACCUUGUUGCCACCCAAUCGUAGACGACAAUGAAAGUACUGAAAUCGAAGCCAAAGAACCAAAGAAAAAUCGUGUUAAACAAUCUAUACACAAGUCCUUCUUCAUCCUUGGCGGUGUGAUCAUAAUCUUUGCUGCCAUCAGGAACACCCUGACGUGGCAUCUGCAGAAGUGCUGGGGAGCAUCUGGUGACUUCUGGCAAGCUCUGUGGGUCAAGGUGUUUGACUACUUUGAAGGGGAUGCAUUCAUUAUAGGCUUUAUUGGAACCAACCUAGUGGCUUGUAUAACCUUUUGGGCUCUGAAUGCCUUCUUCUUAUUCAUGGACAUAACCGGCAGACCAGCCUUCUUGAGACGCUAUAAAAUUCAAGAAGGAAAAAAUGAUCCAGUGAGUAGGCCGCAACUAAUGAAGGCAUUGAAAGUUGUACUGUUCAAUCAGUUCGUAGUGACCUCUAUGUACUCGUUGCUAUGUAUGCCGAUAGUGCAGUGGCGUGGAGACUGCAUUCUCAGAGAAUUACCCACAGUCCAUUGGGUUCUCGUAGAACUGGCUGUCUUUCUUAUUUUCGAAGAAAUUGGGUUCUAUUACUCUCACAGAAUGCUUCACCAUCCUAUGUUUUAUAAACAUAUCCAUAAGCUUCACCACGAGUGGACUUCCCCAAUUGGUCUGACUGCAAUCUACGCUCAUCCAGUAGAACACGUUCUCUCCAGCCUCAUACCAGCAACUCUUGGUCCUAUCAUCAUGGGCUCGCACAUCGCUACUAUAUGGAUGUGGUUCGUUAUGGUCAUCUCUUCUGCGGUCAACGCUCAUUGCGGCUACCACUUGCCGUUUUUCCCAUCGCCUGAGGCACAUGAUUUCCACCAUUUAAAAUUCACCAACUGUUUCGGCACUCUAGGCAUCUUGGACCGCCUGCACGGCACGGACAUCCUGUUCCGCAAGAGUAAGCAAUAUGACCGGCACAUCCUUCUCACAAGUCUAACCCCACUUUCGUCCACUUUCCCUGAUAGCCCUAAACGAUCAAAGUGAAUUGGAAGAACCUAUUUAUGCCUGGUAGAACACCAGAAUAAAUGUAGAAUUACUUGAAAUAAAUCAAUAUUAGAAAUAAAAAUCAAUCUUAGAAUAAGUACACGUAGAAAAAGUGAAUUGUUGUUUGUUAUUAGGGAAUCAAUCGCCACACUAUCAAAUUCUAUGUUGUAUGGCCUUAUAUAGUCAUGAUGUGCCUAUAUAUAGUCAUGAUGUGAUGUCAUCAUGACCAUAUUUAGACAAGUACUAUCACAUGUUUUUUCAAAUAAAAUUCU